AUGCGCUUUUCGUCCCUUGUCCUCUCGGCGGCCACCGCCUCAGCUGCUGUCAUCACCAGACAGAGCAACUCUCCCGCGACCAAGUCCAAGGUCUUGCUUGGCAGCCCUGGCUUCGUCUCUGUGGCCGACUUUGACGGCAAGGAGUUCAAGGUCGUCGCCAACACCUCUGCCCUUGGUGCCCCCAGCUGGUUGGCUUUCAAGGAGCCCAACCUCAUCUAUGCCGUCAACGAGAACGCCAACGACACUAGCUUGUUCAGCUUUGACUCCGCCACCAAUGAGCUGAAGCUCGUGACCAACGCCACCGGCUAUGGCGGUGUUGUCUCCAUCGAGUUCAACGCCGACAAGACCCGUCUCGUGGGAACUUCCUUCACUGAUGGCACCAUCGACGUCUGGGAUACUUCUUCCGCCACGGAGCUGAAGCUCAUCAAGCAGCUCAAGUCCAACGACCCCGUCGGCCCCAACACCGAGCGCCAGGGUACCAACCACGCCCACCAGGCCAUCCUCGAUCCCUCCGGACGCUUCUUCGCCGUUAACGACCUCGGCAGCGACACCGUCGUCAUCAUCGACUCCAAGGAUGACCUUUUCGAGAUCACCAGCCACAACCGCGUCCCCACCCCCGGCUGCGGUCCCCGCCACGGCGUCUGGUACCCCGCCAAGGCCGAAAAGGCUACCCACUACCUCCUCGUCUGCGAGAUGCUCAACCUCGUUCAAGUCUUCUCCGUCUCCUACAACGACACCGGUGUUGCUUUCACUCGCACCCAGGAGCUGAGCACCUACGGCCCCAACCCCCCCGCCGACGGCAAGGGUGCCGCCGCUGAGAUCGCCGUCACCGGCGACGGCAAGCACGUCUACGUCUCCAACCGACUGACCGGCCAAGACACCGACUCCAUCGCCCACUUCAAGGUCAAGCAGACUGCUGCCACUGGCGGCUCCCCCUGCUCCGCCGCGCCCGGCGGCAUCGAGCUCGAGUUCGUCGACUCCAUCUCCUCCGGCGGCCUGUUCCCCCGCCACUUCAGCCUGUCCAAGGACGAGAAGACCCUUCUCGUCGGCAACCAGAACGGCACGUCCGGCCUGGCGGCCUUCAGCCGUGCUGCGGACUCGGGCAAGCUGACCGCCACCGCCGUGGCCUCGCUCCCAGUUACCGCCUUUGGCGUGCAGGGAGGCGCCCUGGGCGCCGCACCGGGACCUCAGUUCGUCCUGCAGAUCGUCUAA